CCUACCUCCACGACUAUAUCUCUGUUUUGUCUUCAAGGUCCACUGUCAAGAUACUUGGACAAGCGGGAAUACUCAGUAAUAGAGAAGGCUAAGGAGGAAAAGAGUGUGGCAACACAGUGAAUCUCAAAGGGAUUAAUAACAUAAAAAUAUCCUCUCUAACUGGAACAAAGUUGUACAAAGGCUCAGACAGUUUGGACAGAUUCAUCAAGCAUUUGGAUUACCAUAUUUGGACAAACCGGCAUUGAAGGAGAGAAACAUCUUUCCACAAGUUGAAACUACGACAAGUGGGAUAUCACAACUGAUCCUUGAGAAUCAACCUGAAGCCAGUUUCUAUAGAGACAUAAGACAUUUAAGUGAUAAGAUCACAACACAUCAUAGCACAGGGAGAGGCAAGGUUGAAGGAAGUAUCAGAGGUGACCUCUACCCAUACGGGACUCUAGCAGAUCACACAGGCCCAACCAUGGAGGAGAGAAGGCGUGUGGGCUACUACGUGCACAGAGAGGUGCUGGAUGAGGGAAAAGUGGACCAGUUGGCUGAGAAAUCAGAUGUUAAAGUCCCUUUCGCUGAAAAAAUCAGAGAGUCAUUGAGGUGUUCUGGCCCCAGGCUGAAGAGUUGUAUGUUGUCGUCUGUUCCUGUCCUCUCCUGGCUGCCUCGCUACUCCCUCAGAGACAACGCCAUCGGAGACCUGAUCUCAGGCAUCAGUGUGGGCAUCAUGCACCUACCACAAGGGAUGGCCUAUGCUCUGCUAGCAGCAGUGCCCCCAGUGUUUGGUCUCUACUCUUCCUUUUACCCCAUCCUCAUCUACUUCAUCUUUGGGUCGUCCAAACACAUCUCUGUGGGUACAUAUGCAGUGAUGAGUGUGAUGAUCGGGGGAGUGACAGAACGCUUGGCCCCAGACACUAACUUCAUGAUGUAUGUUAACGCCACCAAUCAGAGUAUGGUGGAUGUUUUGGCUCGAGACACGGAGCGGGUGAAAGUGGCUGCUGCCGUUACUUUCUUGUCCGGCCUCUUCCAGAUGCUCCUGGGCCUGGUUCAGUUUGGCUUUGUGGUGACCUACCUGUCUGAGCCCCUGGUCAGAGGGUACACCACCGGAGCAGCCAUCCACGUCAUCGUCUCUCAGCUCAAGUACACCUUUGGUAUCAGUCCAAAACGCCACAGCGGAUCCUUCGCCCUGAUCUUUACGGUGAUAGAGGUGUGCUAUUUGGUGCCAGAAACCAACAUAGGCACCCUAGUGGUGAGCCUGGUGUCCAUCAUUGGCCUCAUCAUGGUCAAGGAGCUCAACACCUACCUGGGCAAAAAGCUGCCAGUACCCAUUCCUGUAGAGCUGCUAGGGAUCAUCAUCGCCACGGUGAUCUCCUGGCAGGUCAACCUGGAGGGGAAGUAUGGAGUGGAAGUGGUGGGAGAGAUCCCCUCUGGUCUACAGCCCCCUGUAAUGCCUACAGCCUCUCUAUUUGGGCAGGUGAUAGGUGAUGCCUUCGCUCUGUCUGUGGUUGGCUACGGCAUUGCCAUCUCCCUCGGACGGAUCUUUGCCCUAAAAUAUGGCUACAAAGUUGACAGCAACCAGGAAUUGAUAGCCCUGGGUCUCAGCAACUCCAUUGGAGGGGUGUUUCAGUGCUUUGCAAUCAGUUGCUCCAUGUCCCGCACCAUGGUACAGGAAAGCACUGGGGGCAAGACUCAGGUGGCGAGUGCUCUUUCAGCCAUGGUGAUUCUGGUCAUCAUGCUGUGGAUUGGGGCUCUCUUUGAAGAGCUGCCAAAGGCCGUGUUGGCAGCCAUUAUCUAUGUGAACCUGAAUGGCAUGAUGAAGCAGUUCAUGGACAUCCCAACUCUGUGGAAGAGCAAUAAAGUGGAUAUGCUGGUGUGGGUGGCAACUCUGAUCCUGACCGUGCUCUUCAACCCUGACAUGGGCCUGGCAGCCUCCAUUGCCUUCUCCAUGCUCACGGUCAUCUUCAGGACCCAGCUGCCGAAGUACUCCCUCCUAGGGCAGGUCCCUGAGACUGACAUCUACAGACCAGUGGAGAACUAUAAUCAGGUGAAUGAGAUCCCUGGUGUGGUGAUCUUCCGCUCCUCUGCGACCCUCUACUUUGCCAACGCUGAGAUGUACCAAGACGCCCUGGCAGAGAAGAGUGGGAUUGACAUCACCAAGCUCAUCUCCCAAAAGAAGAAAGCAGAGGCCAAGAGACUGAGGAAGGAAAAGAAAGAGGCCAGGAAAGCCAAGAAGGACGCAAAGAAGAAUGCACAGGAAUUGGAAGGCGAGCCAGACAGUUCGGAGAACGAGGUGGAGAAGGGUGUGGCCACAGUGGAGGAAGGGAGUAAACCUGACUCCACCCUUCCUCGUGCCAUCAUCCUGGAACUGAGUCCAGUCAACUUCCUGGAUACUGUGGGCGUCAAGACUCUACGCAAUAUCCAAAAAGACUACGGUGAUAUCGGUGUAGAGGUAGUCCUGUGUGGAUGUCAGACUGGUGUUAUUGAGAACCUGGAGAGUGGAGGGUUCUUCAGUGAGAAAGUCAGCAAAGCAUGUCUCUUCUCCUCAAUCCACGAUGCAGUGCUUCACUGUCAGACAGACAGGGCCAAGAUUAACAAAGAUGACGAGGAAGUGCAAUCGACUCAUUUCUGAAUACUGAGGGUAAUGGAGGCGUCUUACUGUAUGGUACUUGGGUACUUAUUAGAAAGUUCAGAAUACUUGACAUUCAUAUUAUGUCCACAUAUUUUUUGACACAGAAAGAAAGUAUGAAAGAAAGAAUGUAUCAAAAAGAGACACAGAUACAAACACUUCAACGAGACACACAAACCUUGACAGCCCCAGAUUAAUGUUAGCCAUGCAAUGUGCCAAGGAUGUACAUUGAAACAGAAUAAUAUUAUUCUAUGACCUUCCUAUAAGAAAAUAGAUACACCUUUGGGGAAACUUUUAUAUUGAAAGAUAUUAACAUUUUCUGUGCUAAAUAAACUAUUGUAUAUUUAUUGUUUAAAUUGUUAACAAAUAAAAAAAACAUCUAAAAACAUGUUCCUCUUCAUACCUAACUUUAUAUUUGUUGAAGGAAGAAUAAUGUUAGUUAUCUGUUGUGAUUGUCAACAUACAUGUUUGAUUCUAUAUUGCAGAGAUGCAUUGUGUUAAGAGUCAUGUCUAUAUCAGUUCAUUGUCAAAUGUUCAAUGUCAAUCAAAAUAAUGACUUCAUGUUCAAUAGUAUCUGCAUGUGCUGUGUCAUAUAAUCUUAAUUUACUGAUGUAGCUAAGCUUGUGCUCAGGAUGCAGAGCAUGAUGUAUAGGUAAGCUGUUAUUUCAUGUUCUACCACCCCAAGGCAGUGUUCAGUGUCAACAACAUAUGUGUAACGCUCGUCGUUAGGUGGAAGAGAGGAGGACCAAAGCGCAGCUUGGUAUGUUUCCAUAUUUAUUGGAAACACUUAACAACACGAACAAAACAAUAAAUAGAAAAUUAAACUAA